UUGGAGUGGAGUCUUCUUCAUCUCUCUGGUUAAAUAAACUGUGAAUGUAGAAAGUGUGUGUGAGCUGAUGUGAAUCCAGCAGAAUGGAUCAGUGUGAGGACAGAGAGGAGGGAGUCCCUCCCUCUAAAACCACUCUGAGUGGAGAACAGCAUUUUAAGCAACAACAUUUAUCUGAGAAAAGGAGUCAUCAGAGAGAAGAAUCUGACGACUUUAAACCUGAACCCAGCUGUGUGUCUAUGAAGAGUGAUCGAUCAAAGGAUGCAGAGAUUACCUUUAAAAGACAAGAACCUUCAACUGUGAAGAGGAAGCAGCAGAAACCUGAACCCAGCUGUGUGUCUAUGAAGAGUGAUCGAUCAAAGGGUGUUGCCAUUACUUUUAAAGGACAAGAACCUUCAACUGUAAAAAAGAAGCAGCAGAAACCUGAACCCAGCUGUGUGUCUAUGAAGAGUGAUCAAUCAAAGGAUGACCUCAUUACCUUUAAAAGACAAGAACCCUCUACUUUGAAGAAAGUGAAGCAGCAGAGUUUAAAUGUUCUCAGUGAUCAGUCUGUUCAUCAGCAUCAAACACAGCUGGACUCCAUAUUUAAGAUGCUGGAGGACAACAUUGUGACUUUUGUGAAGAAGGAGCUGAAGAAGAUUCAGAGGGAUCUGAGUCCAGAUUACCCAGAAUGCUUAGAGAGUCAGAGGGAGGUUGAGGAGGUGUUGGAGGGUGAGGAUGAAGAGCAGAGGAGGAGCAGAGACGCAUUUGUGAACAUCACGCUGAACUUCCUGAGGAGAAUGAAGCAGGAGGAGCUGGCUGAUCGUCUGCAGAGAAAACAUUUUGCUGCAGUUUGUCAACGUGAACUUAAAUCUAGUCUGAAGGAGAAGUUCCAGUGUGUGUUUGAGGGGAUUGCUAAAGCAGGAAAGUCAACUCUUCUGAAUGAGAUCUACACAGAGCUCUACAUCACAGAGGGAGAGACUGCAGAGGUCAAUGAUGAACAUGAGGUCAGACAGAUUGAAACAGCAUCCAGGAAACUAGACAGACCAGAAACAACCAUCAGACCAGGAGACAUCUUUAAAGCCUCACCUGGAAGACAUGGACCAAUCAGAAGAGUGAUGACAAAGGGAGUGGCUGGCAUUGGGAAAACAGUCUUAACACAGAAGUUCACUCUGGACUGGGCUGAAGACAAAGCCAACCAGGACAUCUACUUCACAUUUCCAUUGACUUUCAGAGAGCUGAAUGUGUUGAAAGAGAGAAAGUUCAGUUUGGUGGAACUUGUUCAUCACUUCUUCACUGAAACCAAAGAAGCAGGAAUCUGCAGCUUUGAAGAGUUCCAGGUUGUGUUCAUCUUUGACGGUCUGGAUGAGUGUCGACUUCCUCUGGACUUCCACAAGACUGAGAUGCUGACUGAUGUUACAGAGUCCACCUCAGUGGAUGUGCUGCUGACAAACCUCAUCAGGGGGAAACUGCUUCCCUCUGCUCACCUCUGGAUAACCACACGACCUGCAGCAGCCAAUCAGAUCCCUCCUGAGUGUGUUGACAUGGUGACAGAGAUCAGAGGGUUCAAUGACCCCCAGAAGGAGGAGUACUUUAGGAAGAGAUUCAGAGAUGAGGAGCAGGCCAGCAGCAUCAUCUCCCACAUCAAGACAUCACGAAGCCUCCACAUCAUGUGUCACAUCCCAGUCUUCUGCUGGAUCUCUGCUACAGUUCUGGAGGAUGUGUUGAAAACCAGAGAGAGAGGAGAGCUGCCCAAGACCCUGACUGAGAUGUACAUCCACUUCCUGGUGGUUCAGACCAAAGUGAAGAAGGUCAAGUAUGAUGGAGGAUCUGAGACAGAUCCACACUGGAGUCCAGAGACCAAGGAGAUGAUUGAGUCUCUGGGAAAAAUGGCUUUCGAUCAGCUGCUGAAAGGAAACCUGAUCUUCUAUGAAUCAGACCUGACAGAGUGUGGCAUCGAUAUCAGAGCAGCCUCAGUGUACUCAGGAGUGUUGACACAGAUCUUUAUAGAGGAGAGAGGACUGUACCAGGACAAGGUGUUCUGCUUCGUCCAUCUGAGUGUUCAGGAGUUUCUGGCUGCUCUACAUGUUCAUCAGACCUUCAUCAACUCUUCUGUCAAUCUGAUGGAAGAACAAAAAACUACUUCCUGGAUGUCUAAAAUGUUUAUCAAACCAAAUCUGACACAUCUCCACCAGAGUGCUGUGAACAAAGCCUUACAGAGUCCAAAUGGACACCUGGACUUGUUCCUCCGCUUCCUCCUGGGUCUUUCACUGGAGACUAAUCAGACUCUUCUACAAGGUCUGAUGAAGCAAACAAAGACUGAGGAAACAGUCCAGUUCAUCAAGAAGAAGAUCAGUGAGGAUCUGUCUGUAGAGAGAAGCAUCAACCUGUUCCACUGUCUGAAUGAACUGAAUGAUCGUUCUCUAGUGGAGGAGAUCCAACAGUCCCUGAAAUCAGGACGUCUCUACACUGAUCAAAUGUCUCCUGCUCAGUGGUCAGCUCUGGUCUUCAUCUUACUGUCAUCAGAAAAUAAUCUGGAUGAGUUUGACCUGAAGAAAUACUCUGGUUCAGAGGAAGCUCUUCUGAGGCUGCUGCCAGUGGUCAAAGCCUCCAACAAAGCUUUACUCAGUGGCUGUAACCUCUCAAAAAGAAGCUGUGAAGCUCUGUCCUCAGUUCUCAGCUCCCAGUCCUCUAAUCUGACAGAACUGGACCUGAGUAACAACGACCUGGAGGAUUCAGGAGUGGAGCAGCUGUGCACUGGACUGGAAAGUCCAGACUGUAAACUGGAGACUCUGAGUUUGAACAGCUGCAGUUUGUCAGACAUCAGCUGUGAUUAUCUGGUCUCAGCUCUGAAGUCCAACCCCUCCCAUCUGAAACAUCUGGACCUGAGUAACAACUACCUGAAAGAUUCAGGAGUGAAACAUCUGUGUGGUUUUCUGGAGAGUCCAGACUGUAGACUGGAGACUCUGAGUUUGAACAGCUGCAGUUUGUCAGAGAUCAGCUGUGAUUAUCUGGUCUCAGCUCUGAAGUCCAACCCCUCCCAUCUGAAACAUCUGGACCUGAGUAACAACAAGCUGAAGCAUUCAGGAGUGAAUCAUCUGUGUGGUUUUCUGGAGAGUCCAGACUGUAGACUGGAGACUCUGAGACUGAGUUGCUGCAGUUUAUCAAAGAUCAGCUGUGAUUAUCUGGUCUCAGCUCUGAAGUCCAACCCCUCCCAUCUGAAACAUCUGGGCCUGAGUCUCAACUUGUACCUGAAGGAUCCAGGAGUGAAACAUCUGUGUGGUUUUCUGAAGAGUCCAGACUGUAGACUGGAGACUCUGAGUUUGAGGGGCUGCUGUUUGUCAGAGAUAAACUGUAAUUCUCUGGUCUCAGCUCUGAAGUCCGACCCCUCCCAUCUGAAACAUCUGGACCUGAGUCUCAACAACCUGCAGUAUUCAGAUGUGAAGCAGCUUCUUGAUCUUGUGAAGAGUCCAGACUGUAGACUGGAGACUCUGAGAUGUUGGCCAUUGUUCUAAACAGGACAGUAUGUGAGCUGAGAGAGGAUGAGCUGAGUCCUGAUGAUCCAGAGGUUGAAUCAGCAGCAGCUUGUGUGUAGAGAGACUCUGACUGGAAAAUGUUACUGAGAGGUGGAGUCAAGAGAUUAAAGAUCCUCAACAGAGCUGCACAAACUAUUAACACCAACAAGUAAAGACCAGUCCCUCUCCUGAAUUAUUGGACACAUUAAUCAACCAGCAUCAACAGUCUUUCUAUAUUUAUGAUGUUGCUCCGAUGAUGCUUUAUUUUAUUUAUGGAUUUCGAACAUGAGAAAAACUACAAAAACAAUGUUAACAUAUCCAAAACGGAGUAGGAAAAAGCUUUUUAAUCCUCCCUCUUCUUCUUUCUCAGUAAUUAAUGAUCAGUUUCUUAGUUUCCAUUUUUUUACAGUUCAUGUUCUAGUUUCCAUUUUUUACAGUGUACGUUAGGCGCUAGCUGUAGUUCAAUGAUGUGGCCACUGGAGGGCAGUGAUCGUGAUGGUUUCUCUGGUCGUUAUUAAAGCAAUAUCAUGUAGUUCAUCGUUUCACCACCAGAUGGAGAAAAUUUGUCACCGGUCAUUUUACUAUCAAAGAAGAAGAAACCGGAAGUAGUGAACAGGUGUUGAUCAGUCAAUGGUGUUGAUUGAUUAACCUGAUUAAUGUUGAGUUAGCAACUGACUUUGGUCUCACUGUAUAGGGAACAAAUAAGUAAAACCCGACAUGAAGACACUGAGAGUUAUAUCCAGGUGGAGAACAUGCUGAUGGAUCACCACAACCAGAGCAGCCCUCAGGACGACACCACGACAAGAACCUGGACGGGAGGAUCUGAGGGGAAAGAUUCAGGUGGAGAAAUCCCUCCUGAGAAAAUCUAAAUGUCAACCAGAAAUCCUGAUGAACAACAAACAACAUUAAAGAAACUGUACAGUGAAGAAGAACAUUAGAAACCAGGUCCCUGCUCCUCUCCAGUGUAAAAGCUCCUCCUCAUUACCUGGGGUCCACGUUGGCUGUGGCCUCGUCGAUGAUGAGGAUGCGGUUCUUCCUGAGGAUGGCUCUGGCCAGACACACCAGCUGCCUCUGUCCCACGCUGAAGUUGGAGCCGGACUCUGCCAGGACCGUUUCUAACGUAGC